AUGCAAGUCACGUCUCGAUACUGGAAUGAUGAACUCAAAGCAACCGUUGCUCGAGGUGAGAUUGUUACGCAGGGGAAAAUGACACAGCGUCAGGCCGACAAGGAAGCCGAAGAAUGGUCACAGAAAGAGUGGGACAAGCGGUGGGAAGGAUUCUAUAGAAAACUUUCAAUAGCCUUGCUAAAGUAUCACGCAAUCACGCUGACAAUGAGAGCAUAUGAGUACAUGGCGGAAAAAUGUGUGGAUUUGUUUACGAUGGACAAGUUGACGCUGGAUAUUGUAGACUACGCAAACAGACAUUCUCGAGAUGGCAAGGACAAACAGCAGCUGGCUCAGGAAAUGAUAUCAGUAUGCUGGAAUGCAAACUUGAUUUACUACCUUGCCGACUUCAGUGUUCAUCAAGCAAUCCUUGUAUUUGGCUACUAUGUAUACAUUCGUAAGGAACUCGAGAAGCAGCGAAAGAAGCAAGAAUCGAAGUCGUUGCAUUUGGGCUCCCUUACUCUAUCACUAAUGAAAAAAACGACUUUGUUGGCAUUGUCUCGCGGAGUCGAACUUGGUAUGGGAGCACUUGGAGGAGCUAUGGGUACACUUGCGAAGCCUGGCUUGGGCACGCUGGCAGGUUUCAAUGUAGGCGACAGUUUUGCUAUAAGCCUUACGGAUAACCUUGUCAGCACCUCGCCAUAG